UGAGUGGGAUUCAGCUGGGUGGCGCUGCUGCCAUAAGUCUACUGCACGAUCAGCUGCUGGAUGAUACAGCAACGUCGAAACGGAAGCACCACUCACUCAGUUAAGGGGGUGAGAGGAACCACAACAUGGGACCCAAGACGAGAAACGCCGUGGCCCUCAAGGUCUGGAAGACGGCACCCGUGUCAGUUUUCGUCAGCUUGUUGGUUUGCUUGUGUGCCAUCAAUGCUGAGGAUAGCGUUAUGGAGAACAUUGUAACCGAGAAGAAGGCUGAGGAAAGCCACAGACAGGACAGUGCCGACCUGCUGAUAUUCAUCAUGCUGCUUACCCUCACGAUCCUAACUAUAUGGCUCUUCAAACACCGCCGGUUCAGGUUUUUGCAUGAAACCGGGCUAGCCAUGAUAUACGGCGUACUGAUGGGUGUGGUUCUGCGCUAUGGCAUCCACGUUCCUCGAGACAUCAACAACGUCACGCUGAGUUGCCAUGUCAAUGCGAGCCCACCCACUCUUCUGGUGAAUGUCAGCGGCAAGUUUUAUGAAUACACUCUGAAGGGUGAGAUCAGUCCCACCGAGGUUGGCGAUGUGCAGGACAACGAGAUGCUGAGGAAGGUGACCUUUGACCCUGAAGUGUUCUUCAACAUUCUCCUGCCUCCAAUUAUUUUCCAUGCCGGGUAUAGCUUGAAAAGGAGACACUUCUUCAGGAACAUGGGGUCUAUCUUGGCCUACGCCUUUGUGGGAACCGUCAUAUCCUGUUUCAUCAUUGGAUUGCUGAUGUAUGGCUGUGUGGUGAUGAUGAAGCAGAUGGGCCAGCUGGGUGGGGACUUCUUCUUCACUGACUGCCUAUUCUUUGGAGCCAUCAUCUCUGCCACUGACCCAGUGACGGUGCUGGCCAUCUUUAAUGAGCUGCAUGUGGAUGUGGACCUUUACGCUCUGCUGUUUGGAGAGAGCGUCCUGAAUGACGCGGUGGCCGUGGUGUUGUCCUCAUCCAUCGUAGCGUACCAGCCCACGGGAGAUAACACCCACACGUUCGAGGGCAUGGCCCUGCUGAAGUCCCUGGGCAUGUUUCUGGGGGUGUUCAGUGGCUCCUUUGCCCUGGGGGUGGCCACUGGAGUGGUGACCGCACUGGUCACCAAGUUCACCAAGCUGCGUGACUUCCAGCUGCUGGAGACGGCGCUCUUCUUCCUCAUGUCCUGGUGCACCUUCCUGCUGGCCGAGGCUUGCGGCUUCACCGGGGUGGUGGCUGUGCUGUUCUGUGGGAUCACCCAGGCCCACUACACCUUCAACAACCUGUCCCCAGAGUCCCAGGACCGCACCAAACAGUUGUUUGAGGUGCUGAAUUUCCUGGCAGAGAAUUUCAUCUUCUCCUACAUGGGCCUCACGCUCUUCACCUUCCAGAGCCACAUCUUCAACCCCACCUUCAUCGUUGGGGCUUUCCUGGCCGUGUUCGUGGGCAGAGCCGCCAACAUCUACCCCCUGUCCCUUUUCCUCAACCUGGGGCGCCGCCACAAGAUCGGCUCCAGGUUCCAGCACAUGAUGAUGUUUGCAGGGCUGCGGGGGGCCAUGACCUUCGCGCUGGCGAUCCGGGACACGGCCACGUACGCACGGCAGAUGAUGUUCUCCACCACGCUGCUCAUCGUCUUCUUCACCGUCUGGGUCUGCGGGGGCGGCACCACCCCCAUGCUGUCCUGCCUGCGCAUCCGUGUGGGUGUGGAUUCUGAUCAGGAUAGUUCGGUAAGUAUCAGUAUAGACGGGACAGAGAGAAAGAGUACCAGACAGGAAAGUGCCUGGCUGUUCAGAAUCUGGUACAAUUUCGACCACAAUUACCUGAAGCCCAUCCUGACCCACAGCGGACCCCCGCUCACCGCCACCCUGCCCGCCUGCUGCGGCCCCCUGGCUCGCUGUCUCACCAGCCCCCAGGCCUACGAGAACGAGGAGCAGCUGAAGGACGAUGACUCGGACCUGAUCCUGAACGACGCAGACAUCAGUCUGACGUACGGGGACGUGACCGUGAGCACGGACGCCUCGGGGGCCCCUACCAAGCCCGGGGACCGGGCCCCGGACCACGAGCAGGUCGUCCGCGGCACCCGGCUGGUCCUCCCCAUGGACGACUCCGAGCCCAUCCCCACCCGGGCCCAGAUCUGCCCUGCCGCAGACAACAAGCCUAUCUGAGGGGCUUCACUGCUCCCUUCCUCUGCCUCUCUCACUCCUCUCUCUCUCUCUCUGUCUCUGUCUCUCUCCUCCCUCCCUCACUCGCUUCUCCCUUCCUCCAUCUCUUCAUUCUUCCUUCUGGAUCAGACUCGCUCAUUUCUUUCUUUUAUAAUAAUUUCUCUAGAUUUGGCGACCAUUUCUGUUGCUCUAGCUCGCCGUCUUGGUCUCCCUCUCCUGUUCCUGUCAUCUUCGUAAUGUAUAGAAAUAUUUAUUUAUUUAUUGCAUACACAUAAUUUUAAUACAUUCAGCUGUCCUUCUACGAUAGAGGCCCACGUGGUGUCCUUGGCCUCAUCCUGAACGUGCCAUGGAAGCUUUGAGAGAGAGGGUACUUGCUUAGACCCACACUUGCAAACCUCCAACGGGGUUGCCGCAACCAGCUUAGACGCUGCUUUUCUUGACGAAUUAUAGCAAGGUGUAAAAUAACGCAAGCUGCCAUUCCUGUCCUCACACCAUAUGCAUGCUUAACAGGGCUUCUAGUGUCUGGAGGAUUAUGGGAUUUGGUUACCCCUCUCCUCGCUGUUCUUUUCUUCACCUGUAGAUGGCGCUGCAGGGCUGUUGGUCUCGCUCUGUGCGACAGGGCUAAAUCAUGAGGCAUGGCAUCUUAGUGGGUCUGUGUUGCUGUACUGUUACAACCAAGUGCCUGAUGAGUACUGCCCCCCCAUAGAAAUACCCACAAUGCCCACGCUCUCCCCUAUUGGGCAGUGAAGUCCUGCCUGCUCAUUAUUGAGUUUGUGCUUUCCCCUUAGCUGUGUUGUAACGCCAUGCUAUCCGUGCAGCUUGCCACAGGUCUGGAAUCGAAUGCGUUGGCCUCUGACUGUCGCAGUAAUGAGGGUUGUACACCUUGUUAUAUAACUUGAUGAUGUAUGCUGCAAAAAAAAGCAUGGUGUUGUCCUAAAGUAGGAAAUGGGUAUCCCUUUUUUGAUGUCCUGAAGUUUUCUGAGAACUGAAUUCUGAUUCUUACAGCCUGAAAAAAUAAUUUUGUAUUUAAUUUUGUAAUUGUGGUUUGCAAGUACUUUGAAUAGUGUCAGUAACUAACACUUUUGCACUGGGGUUUGGGAGAGAGAGAGAACUACUGUUUAAUAAGUGCAGAAACAGGAACGACUUGAGAAAUGUAGAAUUAGCAGUUUUAAUGUGGAACCUCUUGUGGAAGAUCCUCUGAUAAAUGUAUUUUAUUUAUGAAUUUAAGAAUAUACUCCUAGGGAAAAUAAUACUAGCAUUACUGUUUUUAAUGUAUCUGUAAUUACUGUAUCUUUAAUAAUUCUCAACUGAGAUCCUGGGAAAAUCCCAGCUUUUUUUUUUUUUUUUUUUUCAUCGUGUUUGAAAUGGUACCUUACUGACCUUUUAAAGCUUUCCAAAAUGUCAUCCUAGUCAUUUCUUGUCCUUUUGAACAUGAGGGGUGGCCAAUCUUGAUUGAAUUCAAACCGGGUCACUAGUUACUAUUUGACCUGAUCAGAGGGUACUGGCUGUUCAAUUUGAAUGGCAAGCGUUGUCGUUUUUGCAUUUUAAUUGAGCUUGGAACUGAAUGAAUGGGAAUUGGUGAUUCCUCGGUACUGCCCCCUGCUGGGGAUUUAGUUUGUUACAUCGCAUUGUUCUGGAACUUUUCUCCACUGAAUACCACAAGUGAAUUGUACUUGACGGUAUGGGGGGACUUAUCACCUUUAUAAUCAUGGGUAAAGUUAAAAGCCAAGUGUAGAUUACCGUGAGUUGCAUGAAUGAACAUCACGCUUGAAUACAUAAUCUUAAUGUAAAACACUUUUUUUUUAAAAAGGUGUUUGUCUUUAAUCAUGUUUUCAAGGGUUGUGUGGAAAAGGCCAAAGAGAAAAUAAUGGCGUUUUUGUAAUUGUUAAUGGCUCAAACUAUUUAAUGUGCCAAAAUGCUUUUUUCUGAUAGUUGAAUUUGAGGUCACACUGAAUGACAAUGGGAGUGACGGAAUGAUGAGGAGAAAGGGAGCUGUGUCUGUGAUGAGUCUGGAGCUGGCCUUAGCCCUCUGUGUGUGCACUCCCACAUCUCCGAUUAUCACUGUAGUAAAGGCGUUCAUCUGAGGAUUACUUCAUUAAACGCCUUUUUAAAGUCAUUUUAGGGCUUUCUUUUAGGGGCGAUGCUUUA